AUGAUUGGAAAGAAAGAAAUAUAAAUUUCGAAUGCAACAAGAGAUAGGGUUGAGGCCUGUCGAAUAUAUAUUGAACGAAAAUAUGCAAAAUAAAUUGAGGAAGAAUAAUAAUAAUUAUAAGGCUGGUAACAGUUAUCUAAAUUGAUGGAUUCUCUUCAUAUGAAUGCAAAAGAACAGGAAAUAAUAAAAAAAGAUAUUCUUAAGAAAGAAGCAGAAUAAAUGAGAAAGAAGAGGAUGAGAUUAAGUAUUGAAGAUUUUUAACCACUUGCUAUUAUUGGAAGAGGAGCCUUUGGUGAAGUCAGAUUAUGUAGGCAUGUCCCAUCCCAAUAGAUCGUAGCAGUAAAGAAAAUGAAGAAGCAUGAAAUGAUAUAUAAAAACUAGAUUGGUCAUGUUACAAAUGAAAGAAAAGUAUUGGAAGAAGCAAAAGGCAAUAAUUGGAUAGUUGAAAUGAAAUGUUCAUUUUAAGAUGAAAAAAAUUUAUAUUUAGUUAUGGAAUAUUUACCAGGAGGAGAUUUGAUGACUUUAUUAAUGAAAAAAGAUAUAUUAUCUGAAGCAGAAGCUCGUUUUUAUAUGGCUGAAUUAGUUUAAGCUGUAUCAUCAGUUCAUAAACUUGGGUUUAUUCAUCGAGAUUUAAAACCAGAUAAUAUUUUACUUGAUAACAAUGGCCAUAUUAAAUUGUCUGAUUUUGGUUUGUGUAAAGACGCCGAAUUGCAUUUUGAUAAGCCAGUGUUCUCCUCUAAAUUUAAAUCAAAAUAAACUAGAAGAGAAAAAGCAUUUUCGACUGUUGGUACACCUGAUUAUAUUGCUCCUGAGGUCUUUUUACAAUAAGGAUACAAUGAAACAGUAGAUUGGUGGAGUGUUGGAGUUAUUCUAUAUGAAAUGUUAAUUGGAUAUCCACCAUUUUAUACUGAUGAUCCAUCAACCACUUGUUAAAAGAUUAUUCGAUUUUAAUAAUGCUUUACAUUUCCAGAAGAACCAAAAAUAUCUUAAUUAGCUAAGGAUUUAAUUAGUAAAUUGAUUUGUGAUACCAAUAAUCGAUUAAAAUUCGAAUAAAUUAUAAGACAUCCUUGGUUUGGUGGACUGUCAAUACUUAAAAUUAGAGAGAUGAAAGCUCCAUACAUUCCAACUAUAAGAAGUGAAUUAGAUACUAGCAAUUUCGAUAAAUAUGAAGAAGAAGAACCUUGGAUUAUUAAGGGAUAUCAAAAUAGCAAAAAAGAAAUGACUUUUGUUGGAUACACCUAUAAAUAAGAGGACUUUGAAGAAAAAAGACCAAUUUAAAAAGCAUUGGAAGAACUUGAAUAUUCGAAACCUUCAAAUUCAAGAGGAACUACUAAAACUCCUAAUUCCCCCUUUUAGAGUCCAAAUCUAUAGUUUAAAAGCUAACCGAAUAGACAAACUCCUUCUACUUAAUAAAUUAAAUCCGUUAGCACCACUCAGUCACCAUUUAUCAAAUAUUAAGCAGUAUCUCCUAUGCCAUUAAGUAAGAAUUAAGUUUAAAAAAAAUCAUUUUUAAAUAAUCGACUUUAAACAGAAUAGAACGAAAGUUUUCACAAUAUUAACUAGUAAAAUCUAUAGACUUAAGGGAAUUUGAAUAAUGAAAAUUCAAAUCCAAACUCUAAUUCUCAAAAUAUCAAAAAUUUCAUUUAUUAAAAAAUUUAACAACAUACAGUUAAUAAUCAAUAAUCGACAAACAAUUGCAGUAUUUAAAAAACUGUGUAAUUCAAUGUGGAUUUAUAGAAAUUAGUUUAAAAUCAAAAGUUUAAACCAGAUAAACCAGAUACAGAACAAACUAAGAUAAGUAGCAAUUCCAAUUAUAAUAUUCAUGCAUUAAAAUAAAACAUAAUGAGUUAAAUAAGAGCCAUUAGUCCUUUAACAAAACGAUGA